AUGUCCUUCGUCGGUAUACAUCCGUCUCCGUCUUCUCAAACAACAUUCCCCCCAACCCGAAAUCUUCAAAUGUCGAAGUCUAGAGAGUUGUUCCGUCGAGAUCGUCCGCAUCCAGAUUUCGGCUUCGAGGUCUGGGGUUUUCGGGAGGAGGGGAGCGACUUCGUUAUAGAGUUUUCGGCAGACUCGGAGGAGGGUGAAGGGGGAUCCCGAGAUGGUUAUUUUGUUUUUCUUGGGCUUGCGGGAUGGAUUUUUAGGGAGAAACGGUCUUUCCAAGGGAUUCGUAGAUCCGGAGUCGUAGCUCGGUUGGCAUUGCGUGUGAGAUGUCUGGUUGCGCUGUCUGGCGGUAGUAGCGGACGGAAGCCUAGUGGGGUCGAUGCUGUGUAUGGAGUAGUAGAGCAGGAAGUUGUAGUGGGAUUCCAGCUUGGAGGAGACGCUUGGGCCAAGCCGAGCUUCAUCGGACGCGGCUUCUUCGAACUACAUGUAACUACCAGUACUUCAACACUGUACUGUUCCAAUUGCAGAGCAGCCACGGCCCCCAACAACCGCAGAAAGCAGACGGCUCAGCUGCCGACCCAAACCACCUACAUUGCCCACUACCCUCGCUUUCAAGAAGCUCACGAACGUAUCGCGGAGGGGAAGACCGACAGAAAGACGAGAGACUCAAUAUGCCUCGACGUAAACAUCAUGGUACUCCCAUGGAGGCGUCAUGAGAGGGCGCCCUCGAUCAUUGACGACGUCAUUCUUAUUCAUGCCGGUACGCCAAGCGCGAUAUGGUCACAACUGUUUCAUUACUCGCACGUCUCGUAUCAACAGGCUUCGAUUACGGAACCUGUUGCCGCAAUGCUAACACUGAAAGCAUCCUUCAUCUUCAAUUCACUGCUGACAAACUAUACAACAUGCGGCCAGGAAUACGAAAAAGACAUCAGUCCUGCUCGAGAUGUCUACAUCCACUAUGGUGACUGCAAGAAGAGCUACAAAGGCUUCGCACUUGCAAAGGCUAACGAUCCUGAUACCUGGGCAGCGCCAGUGGUCCAAUUCCAUACCGCGACGCACGCUUUUCGUACCGACAUUGACCCCUUCCUGGCGACGUUAGACACUAUUCUGUGGGUAGCAGCUAUCCCGACCUUUGCUGGCCCGUUGAUGGUUUCCGGAUUGACAGAAGCCGCAUGCCAGCUGGAAAUGGUACUUCUGCAAGAGCUUCGACACUGCAACCGCGGUGUCAAGCAGGUGUCCCCCAACGACUUGCAUCACACUUGGCGACAACUUCCCUGCGUCGUUGAGACGACGUAUCGUGCCUCGCUCGAGCUCUUGCACCUCAUUCUAUGCUUUCUCUCCGUCUUCACUGCUUUGGGCGGCACCAUCAUGCUAAUCACGGGAGUAUACGGGAAUUGCUUCUGCUAUGUUCAUUCGCAAAUCACGAUACGUGUGAUCAACGACGUUCGAGCAAGAAUUGGAUCACGAUGGGAUCCGUGGCUACUGGGUUUUAUGAAAAAGAUCCGGGAGGAGUAUCGAAGGCGUGUCGGGAUGGAGACGUUUAGUAGCUGGUCACAUGCGAACAAACCCCCCAGAUCGUUCUAUGGUAUUGAUCAGUGGGACCAUUGCAAAUGCCGACCUCGGUAUGACCUGUAUAAUGAAGCUGGCGAAGACGACAGUAAUGGUAUCAAUGCCACUUUGCUCACCUAA